AUGGCGCUCCUACGGGAACUUUUGGCAUUCUGUCUCGGAGGAGUCAUGAUGAUGCUGGCUCUUCCAGGCUGGACUUCGCCAGUUGAGCCUGUUGUCCCUGCCAGAACUCCUGUUCCUUUUGAUGACGGCUGGAGGUCUGAGGAGCCUGUGACUGAGCAAGCUGCGAGUUUCACUAUGGGCACAGACUCUGAAUCAUUCUUGGAGCACUUCAUUGACCAGUUGGAAAACCUUACAGUGAAGGAGACUUGGGGCUCUCACAUUUUUGGACAAGUAAGAUACUAUCGCGAGAAGAAGGAUGCAUUUGGGAACAAAGCAGACUUUGCAACUGCAUCCCACGUUAUGCGAUGGUACGACAAAGAAGGAAGGUGUGGAAAUGUGAUCAACGCAAGUAAUGCGAUUGUGCUACUUGCUGGAGCAAAUCAGGGGAAGUCGACAACAAAUAUUUUGCAGGCUUGCCACAAAGCACGCAUGCAUAUCUUCGAGAUACAGCAGCGAUUGUUUGACGCGCAGUUUAAGCGAUUCAGAGACUCCUCUCUGGUCAAAGUUCACAGAAAAGGGUGGUCCGAUAAGAUCCAACAACUUCAAAUUACAUUGCCCUUGAACAAUCAUGAAACAGCUGGACUUUUUCUACCCACUGGCAAGUGGAAAAAUGCAGUUCUGCUGAAUGAGACUGUUGAGACAAUCCCACUUGCAGACUUCGUGCUUCACGAAAACUUGGAGCGGAUCAGCUAUGUGCUGAUUGAUGUUGAGGGGAAAGAACCCAACGUCAUUCGAGGAAUGAACUUGGAAUCGAAGAGACACAUCUUCCCAAUCUUUCAGUACGAACUUGGUGGCACGUGGACGGAUAGCAGACAUGACGAGAAUCAGUGGGGUCAAUAUGGAAUUGCAAUGUAUUUGAAGGCUUUGGGGUACAAGCUUUUCCUCAUCGGCGCAACUCUGAGUGGGCAGGAGAAGCCGAUCCUCCUGCAGGUUGACCCAGAAUUCUUUCGAUUCUUCUCAUUCCGACCUGAAGUGGAUGUAGGAGGAAACCUACUAGCAUUUCAUCCUGAAUUUGCUGAUGCUGGACUUUGGGAAUACCUGCAAGGCUUUGUGGUGGUGGCGAGGCCGCUGGAGCACUGCAAGACAUGA